AAGGCAGAACAAUCGUACAAGUCACAACUCAUAAGGGACCCCAUCCAUCCUCACAUUACAUUACUUUCAUUAGAUCAUUUAUAUUUUCAGUCUCAACUUAAUCCAUGCAUUCUACAUCAAUAUCUUUACUACAAAUUUCCACCAUUAAUUUUCUUAUUCUUUUAUUAUAAUUUUCUGUACUACAAAACCCAUAUGAUAAUUAUUUUAUUUUUAAAACAAAAUGUUUUUUUUUAUGUACUGAAAUACAUUUAUACAUGAUCUAUUUGAUUCAGUAUUUCUCAAGGGGAGAGAGAGAAAUUGCUUUGCUUUCAUUAUAAUCAAUUGAAUCCUGCAUCCAUCAAAGCCCAGAUUCCGAGGGCAGAUCUUGGGAAGGAAUAUAAAAUUCUGGGAGAUCAAUAUUGUCGUUAUAUGAAUCCCUUUAUAAAAGGACUAGUUUAAUAAAAUGGGUAUGUACUUUUGUAUAGCUUUUCUUCAACAAGUUUCUUGCUUUACAGGUCUCAACCAGGGAAGCAAAUUGAGCUCAGGAUACAGGCCAAUCUGCAAUCUCUCUUUGGACCCAUGAAGACUUGGUUUCUUAGGUGGCUCCAUCAUAAUGCCUAUGAAUUAACCUCCACUUUCUUCAUUGCUUGCUGUUUCUAUUUGCACCUUUUGCUCCUCACCAAUUUCAGUCUACUUGAUCUGCCCUUAAUUUCUCAGUACAGGUUUUUCUGCUGUUGGGUGAAAUUGGCGGUUCUUGAGAUCUCCACUGAAAGAGAACACUGCUGUCUUUAAGGCUAUAAUUUCUUUUCCCUUAAAGUUUGCGUGCCCUCUGAUUUUGAGUUGAAGAAAGAAAGGAGCUGUUUUGCCUUUGUUUCUGACCUUCUAAAGGGAAGGGAGUUCCUAAUGGAUGAAGAGGGGGUUUCUGGAUCAUAUUUAAUUGUCUCAGAAGGGAAGAGUGAUAGCUUCUAUCCAAUUUAUUUUGGAGUUUCUUGUGCUUUUUUCGCUCUCAAGGUUUUAUCAAGACCUGAGAAGGAAGAAGAAAGAUGGUCUGAGUUAUGUGAUAAAAUGCUUCAAGGAAGUGCCCAACUCUUGGGAUUGCUUGUGUGGAGAAUCCAGAGAGAAGGAGCAAAUAGUGAGCAGUAUAAGCUUCUUCAUAAGCUUGAGACUGCAGAGAAAGAGAUCAAAGAGCUUAAGCAAAUGAGGCGUGAGGAUGCAAAGGCAAAUGAGAAAGUCGUUGGCAUCUUUGCAUCACAAGAGCAGAGAUGGUUGAUUGAAAGGAAGAAUCUCAGGCAGCAUGGUGGAGCUCUUAUGAACGAAUUGAGGGUUCUUCAAAAAAGGAAAGAAGAAGCUAUUUCUGAAAUAAAUGAUAAACUGAAAGAGAUGGAGAUUUUGGUGCAGGCUAAGGAUAAGGCAUUAGAGGAAGAGGAGCAUAAGAGGAAGGAAUUAGAAAAAAAGUUGAGAAAGGCUGAAGAUGUUUUAGAAGAGUUGAGAGAAACUGCAAAGCGAGAAGCUCAAGAGUAUUCUACUGAUCUUUGGAAACAUAAGACUGCUUUUCUUGAGCUGGUAUCUAACCAGAGACAGCUCGAAGCAGAGCUGGGUAGGGCACUUAGGCAACUUGAAGCUAAAAGGCAAGAGAUUGCUUUGGUCUUAGAGCAGAAAGAGGAGUCAGUUCUGUUGACCCAAAAACUUUCCAUGGAAGUUGUAAAGAUGCGGAGAGAUUUGGAACAGAAAGAUAAGAUCUUGUCUGCAAUGCUGAGGAAAUCCAAAAUGGAUACAGCUGAGAAGCAAAUGCUCCUAAAGGAGGUUAAACUAUCCAAGACAAAGAGGAAGCAAGCUGAACUAGAAACAGAAAGGUGGAGAGUAGCAUCUGAGUCUAAACAUGAGAGGCAUUCAUUGAGAAGUAUGUUUGCUCGCCAAGCCAAUUCAAGACUAGAUGAUCCUUCAAUUGCAAGAGGGACAUCACAAAUUGGGAAAGUGAGAACUCAGCCUGCUGAGUAUGUCCUCGAGUACGAGAAUCCUGAGUUUGGAAAGGAUGCAGAAGUUUUUGCUAAUCUUCCUGAGAGCUACUCAGAAGUAAAUGAUGAACUAGCAAUUAUGGCUGACAUCAAGCGGUUGGAAGGUUGGGUUCACUCAGAAGCGGAAAAGUAUGCAUCCACAAUUGAGAACAGGCAUCAUCUAGAAAUAGAUGCUUUUGCAGAACAGAUGCGACUCAAGGAUGAGAAAUUAGAAGCUUUUCGUUGGCAAAUGCUAAGCAUGGAAAUAGAAUCAAAGCGACUGCAGUCUCAUGUGGAAGGACUGAGCCAGGAUUUGUCACAGCUCAGGCAUGAGAACAUGAAAUUGGAAGAGUUGUUAUUAGAAAGGCAAGAAGAACUAAAAGCCUUAAAAGAGCAAUUCAUGGUGCAAACAAAACUUCAUAUUAGCCAGAAGACGGACUUCGAAUCAUCUCUAUCUGAUCCAACAUCAGCCCAUGAUGCCUUCAGUGUUAAUAUUGUAAAGACAGAAUCUACCGAGAGGGAUCAAGAGACAAAAGCAGAUUUAAUCGUAACUUCUCAAGAAAAAGAAGCAGAGAAAGGAGAAAUAACCCCCAAUAACCAGUCCAAAAAUGUUAUUUUCAUUGUUCAAUCUCCUGAAAAGGAGUUUGAAGAAGAGAAGGAUGUAUCUAAUGAGGCUCCAGUGGAGGACAAAAGUGCGAGUCCAGUGGUCGUUGAUACUACAAAGUCACCUUUGCCUAGCCAGCCAUUGAUAAAGUUAAAUAACUCACCAGGGAGGAUGGAUCUUCAAGCCCUUGGAGUUUCUUACAAGAUCAAGAGGCUGAAGCAGCAACUUGUAAUGCUUGAGAGACUGACAGGAAAGCAACAAAUUGGAGAAGAUACAAAAAGCAAAGAUGGUACUCAGAAUGGGAUAAAAGGCUUCCCAUUGUUGAUGUCUUUGCUUAAUAAACAAAUCAGCAGGUAUCAAUCCCUGCAAGGCAGGACUGAUGAACUUUGCAAGAGGAUGCAUGAUAAUGAUGUAGACAAAAGUGGAGAUUCCAGUUUAUUAAGAACAAAGGGAGAAACUAAAACAUUAGAGCAUUUUCUUGAAGAAACAUUUCAGCUUCAGAGAUAUAUGGUUGCAACAGGACAAAAGUUGAUUGAAGUUCAGUCCAAGAUUGCUUCUGGCUUUGCCUGUGUCUCUGAGGAGCUUGACAAGUCUAUUACCUUUGACAUGAAGCGUUUUACUGAAAGCAUAAGAACUCUGUUUCAGGAAGUUCAAAGAGGUCUUGAAGUUCGAAUUGCUCGAAUUAUAGGAGAUCUUGAGGGAACGCUGGCUUGUGAAGGGAUGAUACGAAUGCAGAGUUAGAAGCAUAAACAAAACAACAUGAAGACAAGGAUAAACAAGGGUGUCAUGCUGAUACAUACAUAUAAUCAAAUCUGUACAGGAAAAUCACACAAGUUUAUUGCAAUAGCACAUUGUCUUCAAAUCUUUUACUGGUGUGAGUUUCAGGCAAUUGGUCUAUUAAUAAAUAUGAUCCAAUAUACACAG